CAAAAGACAGAUGCUGAAUAACCUUCAAGUCACAUUAGUUUGACAAGGUAAUUACAGAAUAUCUCAUUAAUGCACUUGUGAUAGAAAAAGUCUAAAGAGAGAAUUCCAAAUUCAGAAAAUGCAACUUUACAUUUAAAAAUGUAGGAGUUGCACUACGGAAUAAGAUUUCAAUUGGAAGAAUCGUAUGGCUGAAAAACAAAGUAAUUUUUCUUUAUUACCCAAAAUUAUAAAUGGAGGAAUUGCAGGAAUCGUUGGGGUCACAUGCGUCUUUCCCUUGGAUUUGGUCAAAACCAGAAUUCAAAAUCAGCAAAUAGGUAAACAUGGCGAAAAGAUGUAUGAUAACAUAAUCGACGCCUUCCGAAAAACUUACAAGAAUGAAGGUUUUUUUGGUAUGUACAAAGGCUCCUCAGUAAAUAUACUCCUAAUAACCCCUGAAAAGGCGAUUAAGUUAGCGGGAAAUGAUUUUUUUCGCUUCCACUUGCGUACACGAGAUGGGAGGCUACCCCUUUACAGACAAAUGCUAGCUGGAGGCCUAGCGGGUAUGUGUCAAAUUUUUAUCACUACACCUAUGGAGCUUUUGAAAAUCCAGAUGCAGGAUGCAGGACGUGUAGCAACUAAGGAAGGAAACAAACUCGGGAAAAAAAUUUCGGCUACAAAGUUGACGAUGGAUUUGUUGAAGAACAGGGGAUUUUUCGGAUUAUUUAAAGGAAUUCGUGCCACUUUGAUUAGAGAUGUUUCCUUCUCCGUUAUGUAUUUUCCUUUAUUCGCAACUCUGAAUGACAUGGGCCCUAGAAAACAAGAUGGAUCAGGCGAAGCGAUAUUCUGGUGGACAUUUUUGUCUGGAUUGCUUGGCGGGGCUGCCACCGGAUUGGCUGUUACUCCCAUGGACGUGGUUAAAACUCGACUGCAAACCGAGACGAAAGCCAAAGGUGAAAAACAAUAUACUGGAAUGGCCGAUGCAUAUACGUAAGUUUCAAAAACAUUCUCCUGAUA